AUGAAAGAUACAGAAGAGCUGCUGUUGAAAGGUUUAAGUCCUGAUCAACCUCGACACCUUCAUCUCCAUCAAAUCCCGGUAAGCUUCACUAAACCUUCAAUAUGGAAGCUAAACAAGGACGUCAGAGGAAACAAGCACAUUCUUUCUGGAUAUCGAACAAUCUCUCCAUCCGUGGCCGACUCGCUUUGCACUAUUUCCCAAUGGCACAACGAAACCAUCAACAUCUUCACCCACCUUCUCGGCUCCGUCCUCUUCCUCUUGGCACCCUUCUACUUUUACACUUAUCACUAUAUCUCAUCACCAAACUCGCAACCCAUUGACAUCCUGCUCUUUACCACCUACUCUUUUGGAGUGUCGGCCUGUUUCGGAUUCUCAACAAGUUAUCACUUGGUCCGAAAUCACAGUGCUGCUUACGCGAAGUUCUUCAAUGAGUUGGAUCACUUGGGUAUUAUCCUCUUGAUGUGGACUGCCAGCUUACCGUCUAUCUACUACGGACUUAUCUGUGAUCCCUUUCUUCAAGCGCUCUACUGGAUCCUUAUGACGGCCUUGGCCGCUGCGUGCACUGCAGCUACGUUAUCGCCCAAUUUUGCUUUCCCGGUCUGGAGAACAGCAUUAUAUGCCACGUUAGGGAUGUCAUCUCUCGUCUUCGUCACCCAUGGGGUACUACUCUAUGGGCUUGAGAUUCAGACUCAACGCAUGGCCUUGAAGUUCAUGGGCUGGAUGGCGGUAUUAAAUUUCACUGGAGCGGCCAUCUACGUGAUUAGAUUCCCAGAGAGAUGGCAUCCAUAUAGAUUCGACUUCAUCGGAGCAAGUCAUCAGAUCUUUCAUGUCUUGAUUGUGUCUGCUGCAUUGGUGCAUUUUUGGGGAUUGUUGGGGAGCUUCGAGCACAUCCGUGGGGUAGAGAAUUUUUGCGGAGCUUGA